ACUCGGCAGGCUUGGAGAAGCGCGUCGCCCCGCCCGUGAGGGCCAACCUCUCGGCUAUGGCCCCGGCACGACGCGUGCUGCGGGGGUGCUGCGGAGAAGAGGGGCCAAAAACGCAGCAUAGGAGGCGCCGCGAGGGCGAAACAAACUAGGGAAGAGGAGGAGGAGGAGGAGGAGGAGGAGGAGGAGGGCGAGAGGGAGGACGAGGGCGGCAGAGACUGGAGAUGGGGGGGGCCCUGACCAGAGCUCGGGAGAGACCCCGGCCGUGGCAGCGCGGGCCGCGCGGGAUCGGCAGCGGCAUCGGCUACCUGGUCCUCCCCCGAGGGGCGGAGGCCGGCAAUGGCGCGGCGGCCCCUGGAAAACCGCCGCGCGCGCCGGCGGCUGCGGCGCGCGCCGUCGCCGGCAGGGGCGAGACGACGGCGCGGCGGCAGCGGCCCACGGCGCGGCCCUCACUGCGACAGCUCCCGCCGACCCGGCCCUCACCAGAGGCCGCCGCCGUGCUGGUACCUGGCGCGCUCGUUCUCGUCCUCGCGCACCUCCACGAUCUUGCGCUCGUCCUCGCUUAGGUGGGACAGGUCCUGGCCCUCGGGGCCGUAGAAGGCGGCGACGAUGGUCUCGUGGCGCGGGUUCACAUGGCCGGCCGCGCGCAGGGACAGGGGGGAGGGCAACACCUGGUCCUUGUCGCCGUCGAUCGUGAGGAGACUGCUGGUCAGGUCCUGGGGGUGUCCGCUCGCCCCGGACUGCCAGCACGCGCGCGCGAUGAGGGCGCGCCUGGAGCGCCACGCCGACCGCGGCCGCCCCAAGCCACAGGGCCAAGAAGCGGGCGGCGGGGCCGAGGUGCCCCGAGGCUGCCUGCGGAGACCUCCGCCGCGGUCGCCGGCCCCGGGUCGUCCCCGCCCAAAACUCUCUGGGCCACCCAGACGGGGUCCGAGCAGGUGGUGUUGGAGGAUCGCUCCGCC